AUGCUGCUACGCAAGGACGAGAAGGUCCACGCAAAGAGAGUGUGGUUGACCAAGCUCCACCUGCUGCUCAACUUGGCGGCUGGGCUGCUAGUGACUGCUGCAGGGGGCGCAGCUUUCAUCGCCAAGCGAGACGCUGGCCAACAGCACUUCGCGACGCCCCACUCGUGGGCAGCGCUGGUGACGGGCAUGUUCUUCGCGCUCAACGUGUUCCAGGGGCUGCUGCUCACGUUCGAGGGCGUGAAGGCCAACUGGCAGUGGAAGGACGAGACUCACGUGCUCACAGGUAUGCUGGUCUACGUUGGAGGAGUCGCCACUAUGCUCUACGGGCUGCACACGAGCCACUGGGGCGCCAAGAACUUCUCGCCGGAGCGGCAGUUCCAGCUCACUGUGCUCAUCAUCGCGGCGCACGUGACGCUGCUGGGCAAGUCGCUGGUGCUGCAGCGUCGCGAGAGCCAAGCGCGGAUGCAGAAGGCGGCUAAAGUGGCAUGA